AAGCGCCAGUUGGUGGGCGUGACCCCGGAUAGGUUCGAGGAAUUAGUUACCCAGCUCAAAUGGAGGACAUUCGCCGAAGGUGAUGGCGAGGCGCUGUACGAGUUAGGCGUCGGGGACGACGGAGAGGCCCACGGCCUGGACGAUUCGGCGUUUACCGAGUCAAUCGAAACUUUGCGGAAAAUGGCGAGCGCCAUCGACUGCGAUUGCUCGGUGGCGCACGAGAGAAGGACGCGCGACGGGAAACGGUGCGCGACGUGCUUAAUACGCGCGAAGACGAGCGCUCGCCAGCACAAGGAGAUUCGCAUCACGACCCUCGGGAACGUCGACUCGGGGAAGUCCACGAUGCUCGGAGUAUUGACGCGCGGUGGUUUGGACAACGGCAGAGGUUUGGCGAGAGGCGGCGUGUUCAGGCACAAGCACGAGCUCGAGUCCGGGCGCACGUCGGCGAUAUCGCAGCAGAUAAUCGGAUUCGCCCCGGACGGCUCCGUCGUGAACUAUCAUAACCCGGAGGUUCGAGAAACUCAUCAGCUCACCUGGACCCAGAUUGUCUCGGCUUCCUCGAAGGUGAUUCACUUCUCGGAUCUCGCCGGUCAUGAGCGGUACCUCCGCACCACGAUGCACGGCAUCGCGGGCGUUCAACCUGAUUUCGGUAUGAUGUGCGUCGACGCUAACCGCGGAGGCAUCGUUGGUAUGACCAAGGAGCAUCUGUCAAUCAUGCUCGGCCUCAAGGUUCCAUUUUUUGUCGUCGUGACCAAGAUUGAUAUGGCCGCCGCCGAGAACCGAAACGCCACCAUCGACGCCCUAAAGAAGCUUCUGAAGAAGAACAAGACACCGCUACUGGUGAAAGACGAGCGCGAUGUGAUGACGUCCGUGCAGAACGUCGCGGGCGGGGUCAUAACCCCAAUAUUUCAAGUGUCAUGUGUUACGGGCGAGGGCCUGGACCUGGUUCGAACCUUCCUGAACCACCUCCCGUCGCGGCGAAGCUUCGCGCCCCUCGCGGGUAACGAGGCUCUGGUGCAUCUGGAUGACUCAUUUGCAGUCCCAGGUAUCGGUACAGUCGUCGCCGGUCUCGUCGUCAGCGGGACGAUCGAGACGAAGGAUGAACUGCUGCUCGGCCCCAACGGCAACGGCGAGUUCAUCCCGGUCGCGAUCAAGAGCAGCAUGAACAAGCGGGUGCCCGUGGACCGCGUGACGUGCGGGUCUUCCGGAUCGUGGGCGCUCAAGGCGCGUAAAGCCGGGCAGCACGUUCACAAAGACGACGUUCGUAAGGGGAUGAUUUUGUGUGCGCCCUCCCUGAACCCGCGCGCCUGCUGGCAGUUCCAGGCUGAGGUUGUCAUUUUGUCCCACCCGACCACCUUAAAACUGGGGUACGCGCCCAUCCUGCACUGUCUGACUGUGCGACAGUGCGCUAGAAUCGUGAAGAUGGAGGGUAAGGACGUGCUCCGCAUGGGCGAUCGAGCGCUGGUGACGUUCGAGUGGAACCACAGGCCGGAGUUCGUCAAGGUUGGAACAAGGGUUAUAUUCAGAGAGGGAAGGACUAAGGGCGUAGGCGUGGUUAG